AUGUUGAAGAUACCGGCGCUCCGGCGAAGUAAGGAACCAGCGGACGAGAAGGAGCAGCUGCUGGUCAGCCCGCGAGGGAGCACCACGCCUCGAGGCACCAUCGCCAGCCCGCGCGGCCGCACCACCACGCCCCGAGGCGGCGGCGAGGGCCUCGCCAAGUGGGAGCUCAAGCUGGUCGCAGAGGGUGGCUCGCCGACUACCGAUGACGCACCCGCCACCACCAUCACGCCGCAGGCGAGCCCGCGAACCCUGGUCUCGCCGCGGUGGGUGGACGACAAGGCCGAGCCGAGGAUCCAGAAGCACCGGACCGACGCCCAGCUGGGGGCCAUGGCCGCGCUCUACGCCACCAAUCCGGCCGCCUUCGAUUAG